AUGGCCGCUCCUCAGGGCAGCGCCGCAACCUCCAGACGGCCAGGCUCCUCGGGGAGAGGCCCAGACUCAACACCGAUUACAGGAGAAGUGCGUAGAGCAUCUCCCCGUUACAGCACUCGGUCACAGCUCUCAUACAUCUCCAGCUCCGUCCGCCCUCACCUCCAAACGACGCUACGGACGCAUUACAUAACAGCCGAGCAGAUGGAUGCUCAGUCUGUGGCACUCACGCUCUUCGGGAUACGGGCUGACGUCAUGGCGGCCGUAGACCGGGGCAUCAGAGACAGAGCACAUCCUCCUGCACUGGGGCUGCUCACCGCGGUAAAGUGGCCCUGCAUUUCGUCGGCAGCGGUAAAGAGGUCCGCACUUUGA